AUGCUGCAGCAGGCUCUUCGCGUGUCCCGAGGCUCCCCGCUGCUCCGCUGGAUGGAGGGCCUCUCUGAGCGGGCGACUCGGGGGGCGCUGGGCCUGGAGCACAUGCCCGGACCCUCUGCGCUCAGCUUUGCCUGGGACCUGUUCGGCAGACGCGGGCUGUCCAGGCUGCAUGAGCUCCAGCUGGAGGGUGCUCGCCAGUAUGGCCCAAUGUGGAAGGCCAGCUUUGGGCCCAUCCUCACGGUCCAUGUGGCCGACCCGGGACUCAUCGAGGAGGUACUGAGGCAGGAGGGACUCCACCCCAUGAGGUCCGACCUGUCGUCCUGGAAGGACUACAGGCAGCUGCGCGGACACCACUGCGGCCUGCUCACCUCUGAGGGGCAGGAGUGGCAGACCGUGCGCAGCCUCCUGGGGAAACACAUGCUGCGUCCCAAAGCGGUGGAAGCGUACGACCAGACGCUCAACAACGUCGUCACUGACCUUAUCCAGAAGCUGCGGUUCUCCAGGCACCCCCAGAGCGGCCUGGUCCCAGACAUCGCCCAAGAGUUCUACCGCUUCGGCCUGGAAGGCAUCUCCUCGGUCCUGUUCGAGUCCCGGAUCGGCUGUCUGGACCCCGUAGUCCCAGAGGAGACCGAGCGCUUCAUCCAGUCCAUCAACACCAUGUUUGUGAUGACGCUGCUCACCAUGGCCAUGCCCCGCUGGCUCCACCAGGUCUUCCCCAAACCAUGGAGGCUCUUCUGCCAGAGCUGGGACUACAUGUUCCAUUUCGCUAAAGGCCACAUUGACCAGCGGAUGGCGGCGGAGGCAGAGAAAGUGUCCCGCGGGGAGAAGGUGGAGGGCCGGUACCUGACUUACUUCCUGUCUCAAACCGGACUCCCUAUGAAGACUGUUUACAGCAACGUGACGGAGCUGCUGCUGGCCGGCGUCGACACGAUCUCCAGCACCCUGUCGUGGAGCCUGUACGAGCUCUCCCGUCACCCCGAGGUGCAGACCCAGCUUCGGGACGAGGUGACCAGAGUGAUGGGCGACCGCCGGAUCCCAGAGGCUGCAGACGUGUCCCAGAUGUCCCUGCUCAAAGCCACGGUCAAGGAAGUCCUCCGGUUGUAUCCAGUGAUUCCUGGAAAUGCCCGAGUCAUCACCGAGCGGGACAUCCAGGUGGGCGGCUACAUCAUCCCCAAAAAGACGCUGAUCACUCUGUGUCACUUCGCCACGUCCCGGGACCCUGCGGUCUUCCCCAGCCCGGACUCCUUCCUGCCGCGGCGCUGGUUGAACAGGGAGCAGGGUCACCACGCCUAUGCCUCAGUCCCCUUUGGCGUAGGCAAGCGCAGCUGCAUCGGGCGCCGCAUCGCCGAGCUGGAGCUGCACCUCGCCAUCGCACGGAUCCUGUUGGAGUUCGAGGUGAAGCCGGAUCCGGAGGGAGGGAGCGUGAAGCCGAUGACGCGGACGCUGUUGGUUCCUGACAGCAACAUCAACCUGCGAUUCAUCCAGCGGUGA